ACGAAGACACCAACCGUGUGUAGUGUGGGGUUUUUAACUAAGUAAAGGAGAUAAAGCAUAAAUAGCUCGAUGGUCACACACAACGUAUCGUUAGUUUUAUUCGGCAACGAACUGCCUGCCUACGCGAAUUGACAUGACGUUGGAGGACCCAUUUUUCGUUGUUAAAGAUGAAGUAUUCAAAGCGCUAAAUAAAACCAGAGGACUGUAUCUUCGUUGGGUCGAAUUGCAGGAUGAAUCGAUAUGCGUCACCAAAGAUGAGUUAGAAUGGACCAACAACGAACUAAAGAAUUCAUUACGUAGUAUAGAGUGGGACUUGGAAGACUUAGAAGAUACGAUCGAUAUUGUCGAAAAAAAUCCUUCGAAAUUUAAAAUAGAUAAUAAGGAAUUAACGAGUAGAAAAAAUUUUAUAGAUUGUACUAGGGACGAUGUUAAGGCUAUGAAGGAGAAGAUGAAUUUGAAUAGGAGUCGAGAUAGAGAUAGAACAGCCAGACAGCCCUUGCUGGAGAGCAACAGUCCCGCCCGUAUGCCUAACAGACACAGUACUACGAAAUAUUCCAAAUUGGAAAAUGAGCUCGACAGCCCGCAGAGGAAUUUUUUAAACAGCACCUUAGUGCAGCAAGAUCACAUGACCAGGCAGCAAGAUGAACAAUUGGAAGUAAUUAGUAACUCCCUUGGAUCUCUUAAAACCGUCUCGCGGCAUAUUGGAAUUGAGCUGGACGAGCAAGCUGGUAUGCUAGACGAGUUUGGUGCCGAAUUGGAGACCACGGACUCCAAAAUGGAUUCUACAAUGAAAAAAGUGGCAAAAGUUUUACACAUGUCUAACGAUAGACGACAAUGGACCGCUAUACUAAUAUUAUCUGUUAUACUCAUUAUUGUGAUAGCUUUAUUCGUUUUCGUGUGAUUUAUUUAUUGAAUAUUGCAUUUAUCUUACCAUUAUUUUAUAUUUUUAAUACUGGCUGAUUGGUAGUACAAAUCUUUUAAGGCUAGCUGUGUUAUUUUUAUCAACUACAUACGUCUUAUUUUAUACUGUGUUUAUUUUUUAAAGUUUUAACGCUGUAGGUACUCCUAAUAUUAAGAAAAUAUGCAAUUAUCAUUGUAGCUGUAAAGUUAUAUUGAUGUAUCAUAGAGUAUAUAAUUUAAUAAUUUGUACUGAUUCAGGUAGUUAAUUAUUUAUUAUUAUAAAAAUGAGAAAGUAAAACUAUUGUUAGAAACUGUUCAUGUUAGCGGAAAAUAGAAACUACAACAUUG